CCGGCGUUCACUGUGCCGCACACGUUCCGUACUGGUCGCUGUGGGGCGAGGGUUGGUCGGUCCGUGCUUCGGUUCGUCUGAGGUGGCCGGCUCGGGCCCCUGGUGUCCGCUGCUGCGCACGGAAAACGUGCCCUGGACAUGCCCCAACGGAGGCUGGCCACGCGCCAUGUGUGACACGAUGGACCGGUACGUGACGCUCAGCCAGCUGGGCGAUGGCACCUACGGCUCGGUGGUGCUCGGAGAGCGGGUCGACACCGGCGAGAAGGUGGCCAUCAAACGGAUGAAGCGGAAGUACACGUCAUGGGAGGAAGCAAUGAACCUCCGUGAGGUCAAGUCUUUGAAGAAGCUGAGUCACGCGAAUGUCGUGAAGCUGAAGGAGGUCAUUCGAGAGAACGACACGCUGUACUUUGUGUUCGAGUAUAUGAAGGAAAACCUGUACCAACUGAUGAAGGAAAGGGACAAGGUGCUUUCGGAGCCGGUUAUACGCAACAUCAUGUACCAGGUGCUGCAGGGCGUGGCAUUCAUGCACAAGCACGGCUUUUUCCACCGGGACAUGAAGCCGGAGAACCUGCUCUGUAUGGGUCCCGACCUGAUCAAGAUCGCCGACUUCGGGCUGGCGCGAGAGAUCCGCUCCCGGCCGCCCUACACGGACUACGUCUCCACACGGUGGUACCGGGCCCCGGAGGUGCUGCUCCGCUCCACCAGCUACAGCAGCCCGAUCGACAUCUGGGCGGUGGGGUGCAUCAUGGCCGAGGUGUACACGUACCGGCCGCUCUUCCCGGGCAGCUCCGAGAUCGACGAGAUCUUCAAGAUCUGCUCCGUUUUGGGCACUCCCGAUAAGCGCGACUGGACCGAGGGCUACCAGCUGGCCACCACCAUGAACUUCACGUUCCCGCAGUUCAGCCCCACCGCGCUGGAGACCAUCAUCCCGACGGCCAGCGCCGAGGCCAUCACGCUGAUCGCCGACAUGCUGCGCUGGAACCCCAGCAAGCGGCCAACGGCGCAGCAGGCGCUUAGGUACCCGUACUUCCAGGUGGGCCAGAAGCUGGGCGGCGGCAGCAGCGCCGUGCUGCCAGGCGUGCCGUCCAAGCAGAGCCGCGGCUCGUUCGCGGAGCCGGCCGCCAACGCCCGUCGAGUCUCCAAAUUCGACGACGACCCUUUCAAGGACGGCAGAGUCCCCAGCCACCUGCGGCUGAGUCAGAUGCUGUCGCGGACGAUGGCGGGCGCGGUGCCGGCGGCGGCGGCGGCGGCGGCCGGCGGCGAGGCGCUCGGCCGCACCAGCUCGCGUAACCUGACCGCCAAACAGGUGUACCUCAAUAAGGCACGCUACGUGGCCGGACAGAACACCCGGAACGCCCAGUACGGCAACGUGUCGGGUCAGGAGUCCGGCCUGGGCCUGGCGGCGCGCGGCUCCUACUACAACAGCAGCGUGUCCAUGAAGGCGUCCGGCGCCCGCGCCAACGGCUCCACCGGCAGCCUGCACGGCAGAACCGACUGGGCGGCCAAGUAUAACAUGUACAGGUCCCAGGUGGGCCAGGCGGGCAACACCUCCAAGGCGGCGCUCACCGGCCGCACCAACUGGGCCGCCAAGUACCUGAAGUAGCGUCGGCGUCUGGGGGGCAGCGGGCGCUCGUGCCUCUGCCGGCCCACGCCGCCGACCCCUGACCCGAUCAGAGCGCCGCCGCGCCACCAGAAAGCCUCCAGCAGACGGUCGCUCGCGCCAGGAAUCCCGGCGCGCCCACCGGGCAGCGGUCCUCCUCGCUGCCGGUCACUUGCCCAGCAGGGGACGUAGCACGGCCAGCUGGUGACGUCAUACGGUCAGCAAGGGAGGCCAAACGUCUUGCAAGUGCCAUCGCGUGGUAACCUGAUGGCAUGGCACGGUCUGGCGGUGACGCCGUAGGACCAGUUAGUGACGUCACGCAGCCAGUGAUGGACGCCACGUGACCAGCGAGUGACGUCACGUGACCGGUGAGGGCCCGCUCCGUCCAGAGAGACCGUCCAGUGAGUGACGUCAUACUGCGCCGUUGCGCCGUUCGUGUUUGCAUGUUUGCAUCAGUUGCUCGUUUAGGAUUGCGUGGGGGAGGGGGAGUGGAAGAUUUGUGCCGUAAAUUUGGACAUGGAGCGUCAAGUGUGCCGCGGUAGAGUAAGGCACAUCUGUGGGAUUAAGGAAGGAGGCAUAUUGUCUUGUCGUUCAGGCGGAGCGACAGACAUCGAGAGACAGAGAUUCAGCCAUUACCUACUUGUGACACUUACUGCCUCGUGAGGAACAGUUCUGUUGCGGAUAAAUGGGACCGGUGCAGCGCAAUGUGCCGACGUGCCGAGCUGCUACGUGCUUGCCAUCCUGGCUUAGGAAGCCGGACCACCAGCCAUCUGAGAUCUCAUGCGGAGGGGGUAAUUGUCAUUGUAAAUUCCAUCGCGAAUGUGUACGGUGGUGAACAAAUUGUAAUAAAGUUG